AUGAACGCAAUUCUACAAACAGACUUACAAUACUUGAAUUGGGGAAGUGAAGAGAUGGGGUUGCUGAGACUUGCAAUCAUCUACAGAAAUGUGGUGGAAUCUGCACUUGUGAAGACACGACUACGUCUGUCAAGACUUGAAGAGGAAUAUGUUUGGUUGAACAGUGAAAUGGCUUAUUUUGAAAGUCAGAAGUUAGAAAACGAUAAACUAAUGAAGGAUACAAUGAGCAGGAUUCGUCACUAUUAUUUUCUUUAUAAAGGGAGACAGAAAUACAAGGAAGACUUCGAUAUGCCUGUGUCUAGAAAGAUAUUUCGUUCCGUAGAAAACGCUCUAUCUAAUGAUGAACGUCAGAAAGGCAUUGCCUCUGUUCUCAUUGAUCCUAUAUCCAUCCACCUCACAUGUAGUCCAGAUGAUGAAGACCACUUAUCCGCUUCAAAUGGAAACAACCACCACACCAAGAAAUCUAGUGAAGGAAGAAAGAAAAUAAUGCGUGAGUACAGCAUUGCUGAACUUAUUUACGCCUUCACAAAAUGUUCAGGAACGAAAUUAAGUCUAGGUGAUUUGAAUUCGUUAGUAUUUAAAAACAAUGCUCCCAGCGUACAAACAUUAUAA